UUUUAUUUAAGGAAUAAAAUGAAAUCUCCGAAUUAUACAACUUAUGUCUCUGAUGGGUAUGGGAGAGACUCUUACAUUUUGGAGAACAACGGAGGGUUGACGAUCCCUCGAAUCCAGAAUUUCAGUCAAAGAACCAAAUUCCUGGACUGUUCCACUAGCAAAGGGAUUAAUAAACUUAAUAGCAGCUUUGUCCAGCCCAAGACCGGGCUGGCUAAGAGCCCUACUAGGGUUCAUUACCCUCCUGAUGGCACUGGCAGGGACUGGUACAUUGUAAGAGACAAUCAUUUCACACCAAAGAACACUUCCUUCGAGAGCACUCUCAGGAGCCCAAAUCACUCUUCAAUGUGGAGAAGAAAGAAGAAUUAUGUUGAUAUCACGGAUACUCUUAAUUGGGUAUCCAAGAAGUCUAAGGCGCAUAGAAAAAGUUUGAGUAUUUAUCAGAUGAAAUUAGCUAAGAAGUUAUCAUCUCCCAAAAAUAUGAAACUGAGAGCAGAGAGACUGAAAGUCAGGGAAAGGAUGAACAAUUCAGUUAUCGGCAUUAAGGGAGAGUCAAGAUUUAACAAUGAUUAUGAUAUCGCCACUCCUAGCUCUAUUCCUAGUUCCAUUCCUCAAUUAGGCAGCAUGAAGGGACCGAAGUACACUAAUUUAUUGAAACUGAAGGAGAAGCUGAAGAAGGGUUCCUACCAGAACAUCGUUGAUAAUGGAGACUUGUCUAGUUUCAGGAUUAAGAGAGGGAAGAACUCAAGUAUUCUGGAUAUUAUCAAAAAUAACAAGUUGUAA